AGCAGGCAGAAGCAGCGGCGGCGGACUGCACAGUGACAGGGCGUUAUUUUUUUUUACAUGCUUACAACACUAAACGAAGACGGUGACACUCGUGGAUCGCUAGGAACGUGUCUGAAAAACCCUGUCCGUCAUGGAGUCCUAUGACAUUUUAGCUAACCAGCCGGUGGUUAUUGAUAAUGGGUCGGGGGUCAUAAAGGCUGGUUUUGCUGGUGACCAGAUCCCCAAAUACUGCUUCCCUAACUAUGUGGGACGUCCCAAGCAUGUGCGCGUGAUGGCUGGAGCCUUGGAGGGAGAUCUGUUCAUCGGACCCAAGGCAGAGGAGCACAGGGGCUUGCUGUCGGUGCGCUACCCGAUGGAGCAUGGGAUAGUGAACGACUGGAACGACAUGGAGAGGAUCUGGCAGUACGUUUACUCCAAGGAGCAGCUGCAGACCUUCUCAGAGGAGCAUCCUGUGCUGCUGACUGAGGCUCCUCUUAACCCCAGUAAGAACAGAGAGAAGGCCGCAGAGAUCUUCUUUGAGACCUUCAACGUUCCUGCGCUCUUCAUCUCCAUGCAGGCCGUGUUGAGCUUAUAUGCCACCGGCCGCACCACUGGGGUGGUGCUGGACUCUGGUGACGGUGUGACCCACGUGGUGCCCAUCUACGAGGGCUUCGCCAUCCCACACUCCAUCAUGCGUGUGGACAUCGCCGGCAGAGACGUCUCCCGAUACCUCCGUCUGCUGCUGCGCAAGGAAGGCUACAACUUCAACACAUCAGCUGAGUUUGAGGUGGUGCGCACCAUCAAAGAGAGAGCCUGCUAUCUGUCCCUGAACCCUCAGAAGGAUGAGACUUUAGAAACGGAGAAGGCUCAGUAUGUCCUUCCUGAUGGAAGCACUUUAAAUAUCGGACCGGCCAGAUUCCGUGCCCCAGAGCUGCUGUUCAGACCCGACCUGAUCGGAGACGAGAGCUCAGGAAUCCACGAGGUCCUGGCCUACGCCAUCCAGAAGUCUGACAUGGACCUGCGGCGCACGCUCUUUUCCACCAUCGUACUAUGCGGCGGGUCAACACUGAUCAAAGGGUUUGGAGAGAGGCUACUAACUGAGGUCAAAAAACUCGCACCAAAAGACGUGAAGAUCAAGAUCUCCGCUCCCCAGGAACGGCUGUACUCCACAUGGAUCGGCGGCUCCAUCUUGGCGUCGUUGGACACCUUUAAGAAGAUGUGGGUGUCCAAGCGGGAAUAUGAAGAAGACAGAGCGCGUGCCAUCCACAGGAAGACCUUCUAGAUUUGGAUCGGCGCCACGCGUACGCCAGCCCCUUCCCAUCAGAACUGCCCUCAGAACCCCUCCCUGCCCACACUCCCCCUCUGCCCCCCAGUCACCCUGCAGCUGAACAUCCCCUGACAUCCUGCAGCAAUUUGUCCAUCGUCCUUUCUGAACCCCGCCCCAGAUCUGAACCACUGCGGGUCCCCAAAACCAGGCUUUUGUGUAUGCUGGGGGCCCCAUGUUGACCCCAGGGUUGCUCCUGCUGUUGGGUGGCGGUGGCAGCACCCUCCACACUUACCAAACAGUCACACCCAGAGGGCCGUCAGGGACCCUCAAAGGACACCUCAGAGGGCGGAGGGGUCAACACUGUGGACUCCUGUUGCUGAGUUUCCAUUGAAGUAUUGGGGUGCUCUCUUGCCUCUGCAGCCCUGUGAGGUGUAAGAUAUCAAAUCUAAAUCAACCUAAAUAUUAUUUACUGUUGAAGUUUCCAUUCCAGACCGAAGGUUAGAUUGAUUUUUUUUUUGUCUGUCUGUUUGGACUUUUUCUCUCUGACAGUUAGCUUUUACACAGCAAACAUCUGAAAUACUGCAGCAGCGCUUUAUCAUUUUAUAUAUAUAUACAGUUGUAGUCAGUUAAGGAUCACCACUGUAUUAUAGAUCAGAACUGCAGUCCAAAUGAAUUGUUUCUGUCAUUAUGACAUGUUUCUGUUUAUGGAAAGGUUCUUCUUAUCCGAGCUGACGGAUUAAAAACUUGUGGGAAAUGCCUUGAUUUAUUUAUUGCUUGUUGUUUUUUUUUAUAACCCGAUUGAAAAGGUGUUUUCAGCCUGAGUGUCACAUUCAGGGCUGUUCUGUUUUCUGCUGAUUUUUGUGGCUA